AUGGCGGGUGAAUUACUUGAUGAUGAAGCUGCAGAUUUGGACCUGUUGAUUCAUGCAGACACAGCAGCUCCUUCUCAGGAAUCAGGAAAAGCGACACCAAAGCCUGUCCAGCAACCGAAACCACAGGCCCUUCCAACUAAAUCCGGGCCCUCUGCGAUUCUAGUUUCAACAAGACAAAAAGGGAACCCAAUACUCAAUCAUAUGAAACUCCUGCCAUGGGAGUAUGUCGAUAUCCCCGCUGACUACGUUAUUGGAGGCACUAGCUGUGCUUUGUUCCUAUCACUAAAGUAUCACCGAUUGCAUCCCGAGUACAUUUAUUCGCGAAUCCGACUACUUGCAGGAAAAUAUCUACUUCGGGUGCUUCUGGUUAUUGUGGAUAUCCCGAAUCAUGAAGAGAGUUUAAAAGAGCUCUCGAAGACAUCGAUCAUCAACAACCUUACCCUUAUCCUUUGUUGGUCUGCUCCAGAAGCUGCGCACUACCUGGAGCUUUUCAAAUCAUGCGAGCAUUCUCAGCCGACCGCAAUUCGGACUCAGCAGGCACAGUCCUAUAAAGAUUCUCUUGUGGAAUUUGUCACAGCUCCCCGGAGUAUAAACAAGUCUGACACAGCUAGCCUGAUAUCUACAUUCGGGAGUCUCCAGAACGCCAUUAAUGCGCAGCCGGAACAAAUAAGUGCAGUGCCUGGAUGGGGUGAGAAAAAGGUUAAGCAAUGGUGCAAUGCUGUACAAGAGGACUUUAGGGUUGAGUCAACGAAAAGAGCCAUAGCUCCUAAACGAACCGUGGUAGGGCAAGGGGCGAGGGGUUUGAGUAAGAUCGACACUGCUAUGUCUGACACAAUAGAGACGAGAGUUGAGCAUGAAAGUCUUUUUGUGGAAGAUGACGGUACGCCUUCGGGGAAUUUGAGAGAGGAAGCUCAGCAAGAAGGCAUGAGUGAAGGAAUCCUGGCGGCACUAGCAAAACUUCGAGAGAAUGGCAGCUGA